AUGUCCGGUGAUGAUGGUACCUUAAAUGAGAAUGUCUCCGAGUCUCAAGAUCAAAAUGGAAUUAACGAAAAUUUGAAUGAGCUCGUUUCAACGAGUCAAGCCGCUGUUCUUCAAGCCGUUCUCCAGGAUUCGGUGGUCAGCGAAUCUUUGCCCGCACAGGUAAUACAGAGCUUCUUAAAGCGACAAAUGUUCGUUAAAAUCGAAAUUUAAAUGCGAUCUUUCAGUUCCAAUUCCAACACGCUUCGUUAGGCGAUUUCUCGUACGCGUAUCCGUCGCUGGCGGACACGGCCGCGCUCAGCCUGCGGCCAAUCGUCGAAGGCACGCACGCCGGCCUCAACGCCCUCUCCGGUAAGCCCUUUUCACGCAAUUCGUUCGUUCGCGAAGCCGGUUUUAAGACGCGUCUCCCUGUUUCCAGAAUGUAUAUCCGAUUCUGGGUUUAAGAAAAUUAAAUCCGAAAGUAGUUCAAGCUCUCGAACUUCCUCCAAUUCAGUGUUCCCGUCGGCGUUGAGUCAUCAGAAUGCGCCCGCGCGCCGCCGCCACCGCACCACCUUCACGCAGGAGCAGCUGGCCGAGCUGGACAAGGCCUUCCAGACCUCCCACUACCCGGACAUCUACGCGCGCGAGGAGUUGGCGAGGAUAACGAAGCUGAACGAGGCCCGGAUUCAGGUGGGUCAUCAAAAUCAUGAAUUGAGUUCUAGCGCGCUUUGCAGACGCUAUCUUAAGGCUUUGAGAAAAUUUGAUAUUUUUUGUAUGUUUUGGAAAAGUUUGGCUCCAUUUUUGCCAUAAAACCGAGCGUAUAUAUCACAAAAAAGGGCUUUUCUCUGGCCUCUCUCCACAUUUUGCCUACUCUCUCAUCGGCAAUGAAUAUUUCCGUCUUCAUUGUAAAGAAAACCCUAAAAUUUGCAGUAAUUUAUCUUCAUCCUAGACAAAAUGCAUGUGCAAAAUUUCAGGAAAAACCGACCAUUGCCUCAGGGCAUUUUCGCCAGCUUAAAACUCAAAAAAAAACACUCAAAACGAUCAACUUUCUCCCAUUUUGUAUAAUUGUCGCUGGCCCAACAUUUCGACGUUUUUUACACCCCUUUGUCCCCUAAUUAUCCGACGCCCAAUUGAAUCGGGAAUUAAGUGGAGAAGUCGCGGCGCAUAAUGAGGUAAACCCAAGUGCGAAAACAUGACAGUUGGCAUUUCCGAAUCCUAAUGCAGCCCGGGAUUAGGAGGCACGGAAAACAAGUGCAGAUCAUUGUUGAAAACAUUGGCGCCUAAAUUGAAUAUUAAUUAGAUGCGCCAAGAAAUUGUAAGAAAUAUCGCAGGGGAGGUCUUUUGGAGGCAAUUUUGUCACGAAAUUUACUUCGAAUUUUGUAUAUGUAAAUAUUUAGAAUGAGCCAAAAAUCAAGUUCUGAAAAAUAUAAGGCGAUAAUUUGUAAGGAGACUGGAAUAUUCACUGGCAUUUUUUACGAGAGAGCGCGCAAAACGAGAGAGUUGAUCAGACAAAAAAGAGUUUUUUUUCUAUAACUUUUUAGUCCUUUGAUGGAAAAAAUUUAUUUCUUGUAGAAUUCAUAUUGCCUCACUACGAAUUAAUAUUGAAAUUUUCAUCCCGAAAAUCGCAAAAAAAAUUCAAAUUUUGAUUAAAAAAUCUUGACGUUUAUGUUUGAAAAGUUGCAAUUUACAAAGGAAUUGUAUCCCAAGUGCGACGCUCAGAUUUUCUCUAAAUUUUGCACACAUGUCGGGCAUAUACUAAAUAUCGAUUCCUGAAAGUUUUAGCUCGCGCUAUGCAAGCGCCACCGAGAUAUUGAAAGAUUUUUGACGCCGAGAGAGUAUGCUAAACGCGGAGAGCGGUCAGAGACAAAAACACUUUUUGGCCAUAACUUUGGCAGUUUCAUGCGGAAAAUUUUGAUUUUUUGUGGAAACAUUACACUUUACGGUAGAAAUAGGUAGGAAACUUUUCGUGCCGAAAUUCAGCAAAAAAAUUUUUCACAUUUUUGACUAUUUUCGAGCUAGAAAUCUCGGUUGUUUUUGCAAAGCACGAGCUUGGAUUCUCGCAUAUAUUUUAGAAAAAAUUAUUCUGAAUUUGUGCCAAGUUUCAUCAAAGUCUGAGCGUCGCACUUGGGAUAAUUCUCCUGUUAAUCCAACUGAUUGUAAUUUCAACGUUUCUUCAAUACCAAUCUUUCUGAACUCUCCCAAACCCUGACUUCUCGCUAUUCCCAGUCUAAAACAAUACCCAUUUCCUCAGAUGUGUCAUCAACUCUCAGGAUGAGGCCAAUUUCGGUAUCCUUUUACAUCUCUGCCCUCUUUCAUUGACCCUUCUUUAAUGCGCCUCUCAAUUACCACUCGACGCAUUAUUAUUGUUCUUUUGUUUUAUUGCGCAAGAAGGAAGGGCAGUGAGAGUCAAGUGCAAGUGUUUUGAUGAAGCGAUUGGAAGGUAGAUUUUGGUAGGAGAUCUACAGUAUGAAAUUUUAGUCAGCAAAAUUGUUAAAAAAUCGUUUUUUGUCUGGCCGAUUUUUAUAAUUUUUCGUUUUUGUCGGAAAAAAAUAUUGUUGAAUAUCUCGACUAAAACUGUAACGAAAAAUCUAAAAUUUUCAGAAAAUAAUUAUUGAACUGUAUAGUUAAAACAUGCAAAUUUUCAACGGGAUCGAUUGGUUUUAAAUAGCCAAAUUUCUCUCUGAAACACCCCGCCUGACCCUUCCAUUUCGCUGCCCGAUCAAAGCCCCUUAACACGGCCCUUGCGUAAUUGACACCUCCAUUUCGCUGGAACCUAAUCCAGUUUAAUUUUCGAAUGCGCCAAAUCCUAAUCCGCUAAUUGUGGGUGGCGAAGUUACUUGUCCUCCCGCUGAGUGGCCAAAGUCGCGAGAAUAGAGAGCCAGAUGAGUGCAUUUGUUCGGGCAAUUAAAACUUGCCCCCAAAACAUAUCAUUUUGUUCUCGGGGAGGGGUUUAAUUGGAUUACGGUAGGGAGAAAAGGAAGGGGAAAGGAAAAGAACAGUUUGUAAAUAAAAGUUGAAACUAUGGCCAGCAAAAGGAUUAAAGAGAAAAAAGGAAAAAGACUUUAAAAUAUUGGUGAUUUCUGCAAAGCGCGAGUUAAGAAUUGUCAAUAUUUCUUCAGUAAAUUUGACUUUAAAUUUGUGUCAAAUGUCAUCAAAAACAGCCCAUAAUAUUUUUGAAACUUUUCUUACUCACCUAUCACAAUAUUUCUCCCAAAAUUCCAGGUCUGGUUCCAAAAUCGCCGCGCCAAAUACCGCAAACAGGAGAAACAGAUCCAAAAACUCGCCCUGAACAACUUCUCCGGCAACAACAACGCCGCAGCUGCUGCAGCCGCCGCUGCCGCCCAAUCGGCCGCCGGACAAAUGAUGCGUCCCAUGUACCCGUCGGCAACUGGUACUGGUGGCUCAACCCGGACUGGAAUCGAAUCCUGUUGGUAUCAACCGUAUCAGAUGCCCAGGCAGAUGAAUUAUCCCAACACCACGAUGCCCUACGGGAUGACAACGCCGCAAAACUUUGGGAGUGUCAUGUCUGGGUGAGUUGGAGGUGAAGGGAAGAGGGUUCAAGGGGAGAUGCUGAGAUUUUCUUUAAAUUUUGUGCACGAGUUUUGCCUAGGCCAUGUAUCAAUUGUGGAUAAUUUUAAGUCGGAUUUUGAAGGGGUUGUUGAGAUAUUCUACAAUCUUUGCCGACGAGAGAGUACACAAAAUCCGGAGAGCUAUCAAAGCAUAAACAUUUGCAAGAUUUAUAGCUUGCGUUGUGCAGAAACGGCCGAGAUUUUUUGGUUUGAAGUUUGGCAAAGUCGUCGUGUUUAUGCAAAUUUUUGGAAUCUCAAUUUUCAUGCCUGCUCUUACUGUAAAAGAUAAUUUACACACAGAAAGUCAUAUUUUUUAGUUCAAAACUGACAAAGAAACGGCAAAAAAAAUUUUUUCUCUGACCGCCCUCUGAAUUUUGCGCAGUCUCUAGUCGAUGAUGAUUGUUGAAAAUCUCGGCUCUCCCUACAAUUGGCGGGCUAAAAUUUUCAGAAAUUGAUCUAUGAUCUAGACAAACUUUGUAUCAGAAAUUUAAAGAAAAUCUGACCGUGAUAUGUUGGGUAAUUCGUCACAGUAAAUACCCCAAAAAUUCCCAAUUUUUUUCUCAAAAUCAUGAUUUUUUCUAUUUUACUACCCAAAGCCCUGAUUGUAAUUAAUAUUCGCAGCUUCUAGCUCGCAGAUACCCAGCUUCGGAGACGCCGCCGACGAUCUGUACGCCAAGUUCCGGAUGUCGAGUGCGAAUGGAAACGGCCUAGGCUCCUAUCCUCCCGAACAGAACUCAUAA